GCACACAAUCAAGAAAUAAAUUUUUUUCCUUAAAAAUCGACCAUAAAUAUUCAUAAUAUAAUAAAAUGCCCCGCUCCAAGGCCACAAAAAAACCAGUAGAGGAAGCGCUAGAGCUCCCUGAUGCUACAACAAAUGGAAGUGUCGUUAAAGAAAAAGCCGGUACUACAGAUGCUGAUGCCAAAGUUCUGACGAAGGGGAAGCCACGCGCAAAAAAAACAUCGAAGAAAACUGCAGCCGAAAACCCAGAGCCAGACCACGAUGAAAACUCGCAGCAGUACAAGGAGGAAGAGGAGAACGCCGAAAAAGUGCCAAAGGCUUCGAAAGGGCGUCCUCCGAAGAAUGCAAAUGAAGAACCGGCCCCAAAAUCUAGCGGAGCAGUCAGUUCUCGGGCCAAAAAGGAAAAACAGCCUGCUGCUGAAAAAUUGGAAGAACCAGCAACGUCCAAGGGACGUGCCAAGAGAGGAAAAGCGGCAGCUGUCGAGGAAUCGGCUCCGAAGGAAACAAAAGCCCGGGGACGUAAGAGGAAGGACCCUUCAGAAGACGCUAAUGCGGUGGUAGAAGAAGCAGAACCGCCAAAACAACGAGCAAAAAAAGAACAACCACCCUUGAUCGCACCAGAGCCAGCGCAGAAGGGAAAGGAAAAUAAAGCUGAGACACAAGCCAAACGGCCCCGAGUUAACAAGCGUCUGGCAGAUUCGGAAAUAGCCGAGGUUCUUGAGGAAGAAGAAUUGGCUCCAGAGCCGCCAAAGGCUACUAAUAAGCGAACUAAGAAAGCGAAAGCUGGUGAAAACGGUGUCCGAGCUGAGCCUGUGCCAGUAGGGGACUCGAAGACUUCUGAGCUCACGGAGGAAGCAACAGCAGAUGCUGUCCCCACGAAGGCCACCAACAAGCGAACUAAAAAAUCAAAAGAAACCGAACCUGUGCUGCCAUCUGAGCCUAUGCAGGCAGCAAAGCCAACUAAGCAGAGAGCCAAAAGGGAAGUCAGGGAGGAACCCGAACCAGCAACCAGCAAAAAACGGGCUCAGAAGGCCACCGCUAAAAAGGAGAACGAGGAGUUAGCAGAGCCUGCAGAAAGCAAGCCAGUUCGCGGUCGGAAAAAAGCCGCCACCGCCACCAAAUCUGAAGCUGCUGAAGAUGAUGCGGUUGAUGGGUCGAAAAGUAUGUUGGUGGAGCCCACCGGGUGCGGUGCCGGUGCAGUAUUGAAAAGCUUGCACAACGUGCUCAACUUUUGUUUUCCAGCAUCCAAGACCAAAAAAGUGGAGAAGGCAGGAGAAGCCAAAGUAAACUUGGAUAAAGCUGACUUUGCCCUGCCAGCCGAAAAGGUAUUCAAUUUUAAAAUCUCUAGCUGGAACGUAGCUGGGCUAAGGGCAUGGCUCAAGAAGGACGGUCUUCAGAGUUUGGCUCUCGAGGAGCCAGACAUAUUUUGUCUGCAAGAAACAAAGUGCUCAAAUGAUCAACUGCCCGAAGAACUGACACACGUGCCGGGCUAUCAUCCGUACUGGUUGUGCAUGCCAGGUGGCUAUGCUGGGGUGGCCAUAUACAGCAAAAUUAUGCCCAUUAAUGUCGAGUACGGCAUUGGAAACGAGGAGUUUGAUGAUGUGGGACGCAUGAUAACAGCGGAGUAUGAAAAGUUCUAUUUGAUAAAUGUCUAUGUCCCAAAUUCGGGUCGCAAGCUGGUUAACUUGGAGGCUCGCAUGCGCUGGGAGAAACUUUUCCAUUCCUAUGUGCAGAAGCUCGACGCUUUGAAGGCGGUCGUCAUCUGUGGGGACAUGAAUGUGUCCCAUAACGAAAUCGAUUUGGAAAAUCCCAAGACGAACACCAAAAAUGCUGGCUUCACCAAAGAGGAGCGCGGUAAGAUGACUGAGCUGCUUGGGCUAGGAUUCGUGGAUACAUUCAGGCACUUGUAUCCCGACAAAAAGGGAGCCUACACAUACUGGACUUACAUGUCCAACGCACGCGCUCGCAAUGUAGGGUGGCGUCUCGACUACUGCAUUGUCUCCGAACGAUUUGUCCCGCGGGUAGUAGACCAUGUGAUCCGAAAGCAGCUCCUUGGAAGCGAUCAUUGCCCAAUUACUGUAUUCCUAAAUAUUUAGACGUAAAGCUAAACUAAUUUUUUUUGUAUAGUGGCAAACUUUUUUCCACUUAAUUUUUUGUUUGUUUUUAUUUGUAGUAAUAGGCAUUACGACCUCUUUUCCUCAUAUAAUUAUACCGUCUGUCCUAUUUUGUUACAUGCGGCAUACACGUAUGUAUACAUUCUGUUGUAGAUCGACCAGUUUCGGUAUUUAAAUAA